UUUACUUUUAAUUACAAAUGUGAGAUUCAAUUCAUUCAGAAUUAAAUAGGAAUUUAAAUACCUCUCUUUUUCAAGUUAAGAAACUAUCAAAGUUUGAAUUCUGUACAGCAUUGCAGCUUUCUCGUACGUUAAGUGCUUUUAAGGCGUUUUUCUGAAUAGCAAAGUUUUUUUGUGGUGUGGCAUAGUUCAUAUGGUCUAGUUGUGUGAGUUUGUUAAAGGAGUGUGUGUGAACAGCAUGUCCCUGAGGACCGAGCUCCUGAAAUCAGUGUGGUAUGCCUUCACUUCAUUGGACACAGAGAAGAGUGGGAAGGUUUCAAAAUCCCAGCUUAAGGUGCUGUCCCACAACCUGUACACUGUGCUCUGCAUACCUCAUGAUCCAGUUGCCCUCGAAGACCACUUCCGUGAUGAUGAUGAUGGCCCUGUAUCUAGUCAGGGUUACAUGCCCUAUCUAAACCAGUAUAUAUUGGAAAAGGUAGUUGAUGGUUCGUUUGUAAAGGAACACUUUCAUGAGUUGUGCUGGACUCUGACAGCAAAGAAGAACUAUCACCCAGAAGGAACGGUGCUGCCAUCAAAAGAUGCCUUUCGUCUAUGGUGUCUCUUUAAUUAUCUAUCUGAAGAUUCGUACCCUCUCAUUAUGGUCCCCGAUGAGGUGCAAUAUAUACUGCAAAAGUUAUUGGCGAUGACCCAUUUAGAAGUUGGUGAAAUGGAUUUUGGAGAAAUCUUAUCUACUAUGUCUCCUGGAUUGUCCGUCUGGCAGUUCCUUGAGUUAGUGGCUUCACCAAAAAUCCUGCAGGGGAUAAGUCGUGAAAGUCUGAGCAUGGCUAUUCAGGAUUUGUAUGAAGAAGUCAUUCAGGAUGUGUUGAAACAGGGCUACCUUCUUAAGAAAGGCAAUUUACGGAGGACGUGGACUGAGCGUUGGUUUAUACUGAAACCCAGUUCCUUGUGUUACUAUGUUAGCGAGGAAUGUAAAGAACAGAAGGGGAGUAUUAAUAUAGUCAAAGACUGUGGAGUUGAGAUACUUCCUGAUAGGGAUGGGAGACGCUGCAUGUUCUGUGUCAAAACAACCACUAAAACCCAUGAAAUGAGUGCAUCAGACACAAAACACAGACAAGAAUGGGUGACAGCCAUUCAAACUGCAAUACGUCUUCAGCAGUCUGGUUCCCGCUCCUUGCAUCGUGAACUGCAGAGCAGGCGCAGAGAACAACGAGAGCAACGGGAACAGCGUAAAGCAGCACGGGAGCAAGAAAUUCAAAGGCUAGCAGAAUUGCAGAAUGAGAAGGAGAGGCAACAAAAGGAACUAGAGCAUCUGAGGGAGGCACAGAAGCGAGCAGAAGAGGCAAUUCAACAAGAACAAAAUAGACACAAAGAGCAACAGGAGGAGAUGCAGAGGCAACUGGCGGUACAGCUCAGGGAAGCAGAAGAGGCACGUGCCUCAAUGCAAGCGGAGAUGCAACUAAAAGAAAUGGAGGCCACAAGGCAAAGACAACGAAUCGUUGAGCUGGAACAACUGCAAGAUCAUCUUCAGGAAGCUCUGACUCAAGAAAUAAGGGCACGCCGUGAUGAGGAAGAAUACAGACGUGCCCAGGCCAAGCUGUUGAUGCAAGAGGAGGAGAAACUGCGAGUAUUGCUCAGAAUGAGGGAGGAACAGAUGCAGUAUGUGGAACGCGCACAGAGGGAAAAACAAGAGUUGCAGCAAGAGAUGGAGAUGAAGAGUAAAGAGUUGCAUGACGCCCAGAAGCAACUAGAGGAUGUACGGGAAAACAGAGAGAGAGCUGAUAGAGAUGUGCAGGUAGCUCAGAGGAAGCUUCAUCAAGCUAGUACAAAUGUUCGCCAUUGGAAUGUUCAAAUGAAUAGAUUAAUGCAUCCUAUAUCCCCUGGAGACAAACGAGUAGCCCCUUCUGUUGGAUAUCAGGGAUUAUGGGGUGUAUCAUUAACACGUCACGACUCAUCCAUUAAAAGGCUUCAAACAUCAUUUGAGAAGGAUCCUGUGCACUCUCCAGGAGACCAGACAGAAAACCAACUAAAUACGCAAUCACCAAGCAACUCAAUUUAGUCCAAGGCUAUAUGUGUUAAUACAAAAUAUGCAACCAUGCUCACUUUUUUUAAAGAAUAAUUCAUUUUUAAUAAAAUUCAUAUUUAUUCUCCAA